UUCUCUUGUCUAUGAUACAUACACACUAACCUAAAAAAUAUAUUUCACUGUGCAAAAUCUUGAUAAUCUAAAUAAUUUUCAAAAAUGGAUAAAAUGGAAACCAGUGAUUCUUCUAGUUCCGAAAGUGAUGAAAACGAAAACGAACUGGAAGGUCGAGCUGAAGAACUUGAAAGACAACUUGCAGACAACAAAUAUUUAUACGAUGUACAUGUAGAAUUAGUGAAUUUAUAUCGUCAAAUAGGAGAUUUAAAAUCUAUGCGUGCUGCUUAUGAGAGAUUUUAUGAAUUGUUUCCUUUAACACCAGAACUUUGGUUAACAUGGUUAAAAAUAGAAAUGGAACUUGCUAUUAGUCCUGAAGAUAAAAAGAAUGUGCUUGGUCUAUUUGAGAAAGCAGUUGAAGAUUAUUUGUCAAUCAAUUUGUGGUUGGAAUAUGCUCAAUUUUCCAUGGGGGUAUUGGAAUCUGAUGAAGUAAGGAUAAUCAUAAAUAAAGGAUUGUCAGUAGGAGGACUUCAUGUUAGUGAAGGGUCUUUAUUGUGGGAUGUCCUAAGAGAAUUUGAAAUUACACAUUUAUCUUUAAUGGAAGUUGGUACUGAAGAGUGGCAGAAACAAUUACAAACGGUACAAGAGGUUUUCCGUCGACAGUUAUCAGUACCUCUUUUGGACAUGGAAGGCACCUACAGAGAAUGGAAAUUCUGGCUAGAACAACUUCCUGAGAACCAUGGACUGGAUGUAAAACAAGUUGAGUGGGCUUACCAGAAUGCAUUAAAAAAAUUAGAAAAAUACACUCCAUUUGAAGAACGUAUUCUAGAACUGAAUGAUGAUACAGAAAUUCUUAACUGCUACAGAGAAUACAUUAAGGCUUCUAAUGAUCCUUCCAUGUGUCUUUGUUUGUACGAAAGAGCAGUAGCAAAAUUAAGUUUAAAUACAGAGUUAUGGUCUGAAUAUUGUUACUAUUGCAUGAAACUAGGCGAAAUAUGUAAUAAGGUAGUCAAAAGAGCCUUGAGAAAUUGCCCUUGGUCAGAAGAACUUUGGAUUUGCUUGCUAAGAAUAUUAGAGGACCAAAAAAAAGAGCAAAAAGAAGUUACUGAAUCCUUAGAGCAAGGAUUAACCAGUAUAUCACCUACCCCAGGACUUAAUUUAUGGUUAGCUUAUUUGGAGUAUUUCAAAAGAAAUUCUGAAUCCACUGAACAUCUUCACAAAUUAUUUUCACAAGCUUUCCAUCAACUGGGGGAUAUUAAUGACCCUUCUUUCAUUUUGCAUAGAUGGGAAGCGAGAUUGUAUGUAAAGGAGGGGAAUUUUGAAGGGGCUCGUAAAAUCUGGUCUGAUAUCUUAAAAAACCCUAAUUUCAGGAAGUCUGCGAGUGCUUGGCUUGAAUAUGCAGCAUUAGAAAGACAAUCUAAAGAGCCACAAACGCUUAGAAUGAUUUUUCAAAGGGCAAUUUCUGUGCCUUUAGACUGGCCACAAUACAUAGUUGACGAAUGGACAUUAUUCGAAAGAGAAUUUGGAACUCUUCAAGAUAUUAUUCGCUGCGAAAAAAUCUGCAAAGAGAACCUUAAAAAACAUAUGCUCAACAACAGUAACCUUCCUGCAGAAAAUGAAAAAAGAAUAGAGAGAAAAAGGCCGUGGGAAGAUGAUAAAGAAAAAAUAUCCCAAUUCAAAAAAAUUAAGCAAACAGACCGCAAGCUAACUAAGAAACUAAAUCCUUCAGAUUUCGAUAAAGAAAAAUCUAUUUUCCUUAGUAAUAUGCGGUCAAGUGUAACAGAAGAAAAAUUGAAGGAACUUUUCCCGAACGCAGUAAAAAUCCUUAUACCUACUGAUAAAAGAGGAAAUUCAAGGUGUUUUGCAUACAUAGAAUUUGGAGAUAAAGAAGAAGCUGAAAAAUCUCUCCAAAGAGACAGGGAACCAAUAGACGGUCGGCCUUUAUUCAUAUCGAAAUGCAGGAGCCAAGAACAAACUGAAAAAAAAUUUAAAUUUCCUACGACAAAGGAAAAAAACAAACUGUUCGUCAAGGGAUUGCCAUUUUCAUACACAAAUAAGGAUUUAGAAGACAUCUUCAAACCUCACGGCGCUGUUGCUGUACGUUUAGUCACGUACAAGGAUGGACAAUCAAAGGGUUUAGCAUAUAUUGAAUUUUCUAACGAAGAAAUGGCUGAAAAGGCACUGAAAGCCACAGAUCAAAUGAAACUAGAAGACUCUACAAUUUCUGUAUUUAUAAGCGCACCACCUCCGAAAAAAUCCCCUUCGGAAGAAAGAACACUCUUAGGGGCGGGAAGAAAUGGUAGCACUUUACAACAUGGUCGCCCUCGUUUAAAAGUACCACUUAUUCCAAGGGCAUUGCAAUCAAAAGUAAUCAGCUCUAACUCAACGGAAACCAGUGAAAACAAAGCGACAGCAAAAAGCAAUGAAGAUUUUAGAAAAAUGCUACUGAAAAAAAGUUAAAAAGAAUGUUUGUUUUUCACAUUUCGAUCAUAAGUAUCAUAAUAUAUAAAUAGGCAGUAUUUUGUAUUUAGUUUAAGUUUUUUAAGGAAUAGUAAAACGAUAAGUAUUUCUGUUAAUUUUGUGUUAAAAUAAAAGUAAUUAAUGCUUAAAAUUUAACAAAAAUAUUUUAUUCUUUUAUAUGUAUACAUUCUCAACUUUUUUUGACAUAAAACUUAAACGUAGUUACUCAACCAUCAAUAAUUUCAUUUGUUUCUUAUUAUUACCUAAGAAAUAAUGUAAGUUUACUACUCCUUAUAGUGAUACAGAAGUUUUAUAACUUUUUUUUUGUAAAGCAGGUUUAAUAGCUUCAAGUACGACAAGAAGGGCUUGGUCCAAGGAGAUUGAUGGCUAAUCGGACUUUUUAGCACUUUGAUACUAUUAGCUUUCAAUGUUUAGGAGUACCUUAUAAUUGAAAAAUUAAAAAACGAUUUUACAAUAAAAACAAUAGAUGUUAUGCUUUCUAGUAAUUAGAUAAAACUUUGGAUGCUGAUAAACUAACGAAGUGAUAUGUAGACAAAAAAUAUGUAUCAGAACUUUUUAUAGAAUAUUUUAUUUUUUUUUUUUCAAUGAACCUCGUCCUGUUGUGUUGGCCUUUUUUUUAUAUAAACGAAAAUAUCUGUUAAACUAUUCUUAUAUUUUCUAAUAGUCUAUUAAUGAACCACCUUGGACCAAAGUUUAUUUCAUAUGUACUGCAUCUAUUAAACCUGUAAAAGCAAAAAAAUUGAAUCUUCCUACUACCCAAUAUCUUCUUUUUAAAAAUACAGUGUUCGUAGUUUUCUAAAGUAAGAAAAGGGCAUUGCCAGAUAAGUGUGUUGAUUUUGGCCGAGACUAAAUCGAAUUUUUAAUAAAAAAUCAAUAUCAGACAGUUAUAUCAACGCAUUUGAGUUAUCACUAUAUUUGAAUCAUUAUUUAUGUGCUGCAGAAACCAUUGGAUCCAAAGGCGCAACAACCUCCAAAACUGAGGUGUCUAAUAAGAAAAACGCACCUUGUUAUAAAUUUUGCCUACUUUGAUUACUAUUUUAAUAAAAAAUCAGCGUACAAGUUUAUGUCGUUGAAUUGAUGGUCUUACUUACAGUUCGAUUUUCUCUAAAUAAUACAUUUGCAUCGACACCCAUUACACUUGCCCAAUAAAGUAAUAAUACUAACUAAAAUUUAAAGUCAGUUUCAAAAUAUAAAACUUUUACUGCUAAAUAACAAAUUACUUUGCCUCCUAUGUCCUGCCUGUAAUUUUUUUUUUCAUAAACGUGACAUAAAAUAUAAAGAAUUUUAGGAACCUUGAUUCUUCAUAGAACACCGUGUAUACAUCAUUAAUAAAUUCUUCAACAUUGCGUGUAAUCAACUCCUUUGCAAAACAAAAUAACUUGUGACUAAUUUUCAGCCUAUCCAAAUUAAUAUAAUACGUCAUCCGUAUAUCCUAAUCUUUAAAAGCAGAUAAUUAAUAAAAGGAU